GGGACGCCGACAUUCGGGUCGAGAAUGAACCUCCCAAAAGCGGAUGAGCAUAUGUCGAUGACGCUCAGGAGGGGGAAAAAGACUAUCAACGGUAAUGGAAGCCUCAACCUAAGCCUGAAGACGCGUGUUGUUCCAGCGCGACGUGAUGCUCAGGCCAGCAGCCGCGUUGACUCUUCGCGACAAGCUCAACUUGUUGGCCUGGGUCUAAGACAGACGCGCUCGAUCAUGGCUCCUCACUCUCCUCUCGCACCAUCAUCCAUCCCGCGUCUUGUGUCGGGCCCUCCGUCGCCGGCUUCGUCUGCAUUUUCUGUGCGCCAGAGCCAAGGACAAGGACCUCCACCGGUCCCAACCUCUCCCCUCGUAAAUACCUUCUCCCGACAAUUUACACCAGGUCCUGUGCCGUCAGUAUCUCGCCGCCGACUGACGGUUACGGCAAGCGAACCGAGGAGGGUGGGAAGUGGUUAUUCGAGCGAUACUAUUGGGACUUGGGCUGGAGCGGGAGCUUUUACCAGUGCUGGCAGCGAUCGCGACCAUGUGGGCGCAGCAGAUGGUGGUAAUGUUCGUACUAGAGGCCUAGCGCGCCGGCCUAGUCUCGCUGUGCUACCAAGCCCAAGAACACCUGGAAAGACCGAUGGUAACGCUGGGACUGGGCGAGAAAAAUUAACUCGUCGACCAAGCCUUGCGGUGCUUAUGAGCCCGAAGACACCUGGAAAGGGUGAUGGGAACACUGGGACUGUGAGAGAAAUUAUGCGUCGACCGAGUCUUGCGGUGCUUUCGAGCCCAAGGACUCCUGGGAGGGGUGGGAAUGGGAGCGACGGCAUUAAUUCUGCGAGCCUGAGGGAGUUGUCACGUCGGCCAAGCCUGGGUGUGCUUUUGAGCUCCAGAGUGCCGGGGAGGAAUGUUGGUGAUGACGGAGGUUCUGGAGCUGGUGCGUUGGGAAACACUUGGAGGUGAUUGGAGAGGUGAUACAGGGCAGGCGAUGGGUGAUCGUUCAGAGUGCCUGGAAGUGAUGAUGUUUCAUGAUUGGAAAGAAAGAAAGAAAGAAGGUGUAGUGUUGCUUUGUUUUUAUAUUAUGUUAUUCUCGAAAUUCGAUCGCGAAGGAUGCUUCAUUUGUUAUGUAUGUUACGAGUGCUAUGAUUGUUAUUGGACUGCCUUAUAUUUUCCAUCUAAUACUUACCACCUCUUCUCGGUUUUCGUGGUAUGGUUCAUUAUGUUAUGUUAUAUGUAGUGCUAAAAGCUGUACGUAGUACACUAGAGUAGAUAUUUCAAUCAGCGUAAUGAUAGAAUGCUAUACAUUUAGGCG